AUGAAUCGAAACACCCUCAACCUCUCAGACACGGUUUCCUUCGGCCACGACCUCAAAACAGCAGAAGCCGACGCGCAGCUAUUCGCAUCACAUCGGGCGGAGAAGCUCGGUGUCAGGGUUUCGGAGGUCCUUGACGGGCAUAUUUCUGGCUUGGAUAACCGGACUCUGGGAAGGUGCUGGGAGAUCCUUGUGCGAGAGCGGGCGGAGGGGCCCGCAGAUAUGGACGACAAGGAGUUUGACCCGUGGGUCGCAGGGAGGAAGGUUGUUGGGAGGGAAGUGAUUUGGGUGGACAGUGUGAGGGAGAUGGGGUAUGUGGGUGACACCGCGCUUUGCACCACAUCUGUGAUCUUGUAG